GACUUUCCAAGAUCUCACUUAACCAUCAAAACAACCACCUUUGCCUAAUUAUCUUCCUUGACUAGUUUAGUACCACUUUUGAUCUGCUAAUCAGCUUUUUCUCUUCCAAUUAAUUUCAACAACCAUGGCUGAGGAGAAGCACCACCACCACCUCUUCCACCACCACAAGGAGGAGAAGCCUGUAGAGGAGGCUGUGUAUUCUGAGACCACUUACGCCGGCGAUGGCUUGGGCGGAGUCUCCGCUGUGGAGACCACCGUGGUUGCCACCUCCACUGUGGAUUAUGAGAAAGAGGAGAAGCACCACAAGCACAAGGAACACCUCGGUGAGCUAGGUGCUGUCGCUGCUGGUGCUUUUGCUCUGCACGAGAAGCACCAGUCUAAGAAAGACCCUGAGCAUGCUCACAAGCACAAGAUUGAGGAGGAGAUCGCAGCAGCAGUUGCAGUGGGGAGUGGUGGAUAUGCCUUCCACGAGCACCAUGAGAAGAAAGAGGCCAAGAAAGAAGAUGAGGAAGCUCAUGGCAAGAAACAUCACCAUCUCUUCUAAGCUUUUGUCUAGUGAUCCUCUACUGUGUCCUUCUUCCCCAUCUCUCUCCUAAUUUCCUUUCUGUUUGUGUUUCCUUUAUUAGAUAAAUGAGGGUGAUAUGUUUUCCUUUCUAUUUUGUUGGUGGAUCUCAGUCACUCAGUUUGGAUUUCUCCUACUUGUGUGUGUCUUAAAUAUUACUAAGUGAGAGUUUUUCUUUUUUUCCCUUUCUUUUA